AUGGCGACGAACCAAAAAGAUGCAACACCAAGCAAUCCGAGAGGCAUCCCUACUGCGCCAUUCGUCGACAAGGUUGAGGACUAUGUCUCGACCCGCGCUGAUGUCGAACCGACUCUGCGCAACUUCCAGGAGAUGAUUUCGAAGUACCAGUUCAUGGAAUUGAACCUUCAGAAGCGCAUGGGUGGAUUGAACGACAAGAUUCCCGAUAUACAGAAAACACUUGAUUCGGUCCGUUUCCUCAAGUUGAAAAAGGACGAUCCCGAGCCUGUCGAGACCACAUUCGAGCUGAACGACACACUAUACGCGAAAGCAAAGAUCCCGCCGACUGAGGAGGUUUACAUUUGGCUGGGCGCUAACGUUAUGCUUGCGUACGAAAUUGACGAGGCAGAGUCUUUACUGGAGUCCAAGCUCUCGACCGCAAAGUUGAGCUUGUCAAACUGCGAGGAAGAUCUCGACUUUCUGAGGGAACAGAUUACGACAAUGGAGGUUGCGAUCGCGCGAGUAUACAACUGGGAGGUCGUUCAAAAAAGAAAAGACAAGGGUAGCGAAGAAAAGGUUUCCGAGAAGGACAAGGAUCAAGAAGAUGGGGAGCCUGGCAGUUGA